AUGGCUUCAAGUGCAACAGUUGCGAAUUCCAAUGCAAAGGACAAAUCCGUUCGUUACGAUAAUACAAAGAUUGCAUCAUCCUGUCAAACACAAUUUUUCUACAACUAUAGCAUGACAGAUAAUGCUAGUAACAAUAUCAAAGCGUUUGGAACUGUUAUGAUACCCGGUUUCGAACCUUAUUUUGAAGAACCUUCCAGUGAAUCUUCUGAUGAAAGAGAUGAUGAUGGAGUAGAAUGUGAAAACAAAAAUAUAGACGAAAAGGAUGAGACAUGUAACUGGUGUGACACGUCAGAUACCACCAGCGAGCUUUUACGAAUACCAUGCUAUAUUCAUACGCUACAAUUGAUGGUAGGUGAUGGUUUCAAGGAAAUCAGUUGUAUUAAAGCUGCCAUUACAACAAAAGUGUCCAGUAUAGCAAAAUUCAGUCACAAAAGCACGCAAAUGGCAGAACGGUUGGAACAGAAUGGUUUCAAUAUUCCAAUAGCUGUGACUACUCGAUGGAACAGUCAAUAUCAUACAGUGGUGAGAACGAUCGAGAUUCCCUCGCGUGAUAUUGUCAUUCUCCAUGAAUUUGCUACUAUAUUUGCUUUAAUUGCGGAGAUAUUUACCAGACCACAAUCAGAUCAAACUGCUUCCAUAUCACUGGUAGCGCCAUCGUUACUUGAAAUAUAUUAUGAUCUUGGAUCUGAGCAAGCUUCGUACAAGUACACGAAUGGUCUAUGCAAAGCACUUUUAAAAUCAAUGUAUAAUAGGUUUCAUGGGUUGUUUAAACAAGUAGGAUUGUCAAUUGAUGGAAUAGGGAAAGUUUAUUCGACAUCUGAAUUUUACAGCGACUCUAUCUUUUUUAUAACUCCAUUUUUGGACGCUCGGUGUGGUCUACAAUGGGUCAUGCAUUCUAAUCUACCGACUGAACUGGAGCUGCAAUUGUGUAAAACGAUUAAGCGCUUGGUAGCCAGUGUUGCUUUGCAGUUGCACGGUGCGGAUCGACAAGAACACAAUGAUACAAUAGCUGAAACAUUGGCGAUAGCCAUAGCCAACAACAACAGUCCUGGUGUGAAAAGAAAGACUCUCUUCAUCUUUUGUGUGUACCGGCGACGACACACCAGUGGAACGGGUGUUUUCUACAAGUGGAUUCGUGAUGCAACCACACAGAGGACACAUGUCUAA